ACUGCCUUCAUGUUUAGUCGCCCGGGGCGGUAAAUUCCUCUCCAAGGACGUUGUCCCCGUGCGUCUGCACACAGGUCCUCUCGUCACUCCAGAAGCUGCCUUGCUGCCAUGGGUGAUGGACCAGUACUCACCCGCUGGAGAAGUAUUCGACGGUGUAGCAGUGUGGGGGAUCUUGACAAGAUCGAUAAAUCAUGCCUCUUAAUAAAACGGAAGGACGGGACAAACGGAGAUGAAGAAGUCGUAACAUUAAACAAAUCCACUCCCAGAAACAAUUUUUUGCAGAGACCGAGAUGCAGGACCAUAUCUUUCUCCAACCGGCCGGUCAACACUUCGCGUCCAUUUCCCCGUCACUCAAAGAGUACCUGUUCCCAAAACCAAAAUGAACAAAGCGAAUCAGAUCCAGUUUUUGAGCAUCCUGCAAUUUGCAUUUCAAGAUCCGAUUUGGAGGAACUCAAAAAAUUUUCUUUGGAUAGGAAUGUGCCAAGAACUAAUAACCCUGUGAAGCCAUCACCAUUUCCUCGAUCAUAUGGGCCCAGUGAGCAGAUCAUGAAAGACAAACUUAAUCACACCAAUACCCAAAGAAAGCAGGGUGUUCAAAAUGGCUGGCUCAUGGACAAUGACCGUAUUUCGAGAAACGGAUCCAAUUCCUUUAGAGAAAAUGAAUCCAUGUCUUCAGGCAGGGUGACGAACUGUUCAGAAAGAGAGACCAAUCGCUGUGUUGAAACAGAUACAUGUAACAUGCCGGUGACGACGCUUUACCAACAACGUUGUUCUGAAAGAAAGUUGCACCCUAAUAAGCUUUUCAAGCCAACAUCACAAGAAAAAAGUUCCUUCAGAGGAAACACUGAUGUUCAUGAGAGAGACAGUUUCAGAACUGCUCCCGGUGUCUUUGUUCGUAAAGCGGAACCCAUCUCCAAAAGUGCUGAUUCGACAUUUUACAUUCCAGAAACUAUGGACACGGAUGAUGCGUAUUUAAUACCCGAGAAACACAGUUUGGUAAAUAUCGGAAACCACCAUGCACACUUUGUCAUCGGGGAGAGUUUGGGAACUACACUCCCUCCAUCUGAGACUGUGCCUAUGGUAAACGAAGAAGUUGAAGAGCCCAGCGUGAAGAUAAAAACAACACCAUAUGGAUUUAACCCAGAGUUAAAGAACAGUCUGGCGACAAUAUUGAGUGUGAUGUAUGCUACCCUCAUCGUGGUGAUUGGAUCUGUAAUGUCCAUGACGGAGUCUUUCCUCCAGACCAGCAGACCUUUAUCAUUUGAGCUCUUUUACAUUUUCAUCUACUCGGGGAGCAUUUGUUUCCUUCUUUUCGUAUAUAUUUUCCUUCUUCGGAAAAAAUCCGGGGAGAUUAUUAAUCGGGCAGUGCGCAGACUCAGUUUCCAUGAUAGCCAGCCCAUGGUCCGGCGUGUGGUUACCUUCUCCACUAUUGGCAACACUGGAGGAUUUUAUCUGCGACUGGGAGCCAUAGAAAUUAUUGGACUUCCAAUGAAAGGAAAAAGUGACAGACGAGCGGACAGAGAUAACGGGUUUGGGAUCGGUGGAAUGAUUCUGGAUGGACUAUACAUCGCGGAGAAGUUUGAGGACUAUGGAAACCCUCAUGCAUGUCAAGCGGAAGUCACUGCAGCGACAUAUAUAGUCAAACUAGUGUUUGCCUUCUCACAACUCUAUUUUGUGUUCAACAAUGCAGAGAUGAGGAUGUUAACUUACCAGAGCCUGGCUAAGUUCGGUCUGAUGCAUAUGACGGCCACUAAUAUAUGUGAAUGGUAUCGAACUGUGGUGGUCGAAACAUUAGAGACCCUGACCAAUACCGUGGAUGGCCAUCAAACACUCAAGAAUAGCACGGAGGACCAUAUGUACGAUUCCACCCUGUCGACCAAUCAAACUAACCAUACACGGUGUAUGAUGAGUAAACUGGUUGGAAACAUCAUCAAAGACACCAGUCACUAUCUCUACCCCUUUAAAAUUGAAUACAACCUUAUUUGUGCAGGCAUCUUAUAUGUGAUUUGGCGCCAUUUGGCCUACAACAGCGAUAUCAAACGUAUGCCUUUGAUUCGCUCAGAAAGUGUUGGGGACAAACGGAGGCGCCGUCUAACGGUGGAUUGUUCGAGUUCCAGUAAAGGGCUGUUUUUGGGAAUCUUGAUAUUCGUGACGGUGGUGAUUUCGCUGAAGUCUUUCUAUAGUCUGCUGGAAAUAGACCCUAAUAGUCUCGAUGGUCUAUAUGUUUCCCACCUCACCGAGAUAGGCCUCUAUACUAUGGCGAUGAUAAGUACAAUAGCAGCAGCAAUUCGUAUGAAAGAUUUAAAGUUCAAUACUUGGAAAAGAGCAAAGCUAGAAGAGAACCUGAUUGGUAUUUCUCAGCUUGGAUUGUUCAUGUAUGGCGUGUUUAGCCUUGUGGCAGCUAGCACUGAAUAUAAUACAGCACGGGGACUCUUCACCAUCAUCACUAACAGCCUCAUGAUGGUUCAAGCUACUCUGCAGACGAUCUUUCUGUUCACGGCAAUGCGCAUGUCAGCACAAUUGGAGCAAGGGGAUAAACCCGGACGAGAAUUCGUGACGUUUCUUUUGUUGUGUAACUUUUGUAUGUGGGUCGUAAACACGUUUGAGACCAUUAGACCGGAACACAAUGUGGUUCAGAUCGGCAUUUAUGGCGAAAAUGCGUGGGCUAUAUUUGUCCACAUUUCUAUACCACUUGCCAUUUUUUACAGAUUUCAUUCCACUGUAUGUUUGUCGCAAAUCUGGAAAUAUGCUUGGAAAGUUAAGGUGGAAGAUUUAAACCAAAUGAUGCCAGAAUGAUGUCAUACAUUGAAAUUUCAGUUUCUCAAACUCUACAACAUCGUGAAUUAAUCUGUUGCGUAUAAAUCACUGGAUUGGAAACGGUGUAAGAACUGUCUUUGUCAGGCCAAUAGAAAUCUUUUAUAUAUUUUUUUUCCAAAAUUUAGAGUUCGAGAAUUCAAAAUUAUUUGUGGCAAACACACAAGGUCGGUUCACACUUUGACCCACAAUAUCUGAUUAACUUCUAGGAAUUAGAAAAUUUAAAAACAAUGAAAAUAUGUAAAAAUUCAAAUGCUAUUCUAUUAAUACACUGUUUACAGAACCUUCCACAAAUCUGAAUAAUAGCAGUUAAAAUACAACUUUUAUAUGCUUUAUAUAGUAACAUAACCGACUUAAUCCACUUCACGUCCAAAGCGGAUUAAGUUUAACCCAAUAUACAGUCCACUCCGGAUAUAUUGAAAUUCGGGGGACCAACCUGCAUUGUUCAUUGUAUCCAAAGUUCAAUACAGUCGAUGUUAAACUAUGUAAGUAAUGUUAUUGGGGAUUUAUAUUGACUUGAUCUAAUAUAACAAAGAGUUCAAUAAAAACGACUUCAAGACAGGUGGAGUAGACUGUAAUAUAUAUUAUAUGGAAGCGGGUAAAGUGUAACUCGGAGUGAAAGCGAAGUGAAUAAUAACCCCCUACUACCUACUUAAUAAACAUGGCUUGCUUUGAAUAAUUGUCUGAAAAACAAGGCUUGCAGCGUCAAUUAUAUAAUCAACGAACAAAUGCAUUAUUGUUAUAUAUACUCUGUUUUUCUUCAUUUUGUAUUAAACAGUCAGAUAUUUGUA